GCCUGGAGUUGCCCACCCCUAAUCUAGUACCUUGCUAGUACUAGGUUGGACCCUGUUUGCUUUCAGAAUGAAAGGGUAUUAAUAAAAGGUCCAUGGAUUUGUGUUAUUUAUGCCAAAUUCCCAGCAGCUGGGGGAAGUCUGGUCAUUCUCCUCUCAUCUCCUGUAUCUGCUCAAGGCAUUUUCUACAGCAGAACUGCCGCUCACUGGAUAAGGCCUCCACCAAAGUGGAAACACACCUCCACCUGGCUAUGCCUAGAAAUCCUGUCAUUAAAAUUAAUAUAUAAUAGGCAAUCUUGGAAAAAGUUGAAUAUAAUGAGUUUGACGAUGGUCAAAAUCGCAAAAACAUGUUUCUGUAUGAAAUUAUUUGGCUGAGGUGUAACUGAAGGUACAAGUUUGAAGGCAAUUGUACUUCCACUCCAGCAGAGCACAGCUUUGUGGUGUCAUUUCUCUAAAGGAACAAAAACCAUGACGUUCUGACAGCCCUCUUUAAAAUGACUCUAAAGUGAAAAGUAUUUCCAAUUUCUCCCUUCAUGUGUAGCGGAUUACGGUGAGCACUCAAAGGCAGCAUGUCUGUCCAGGUAUAACUCAUCUGUCUGCCUCCAACAAUAGAACUGACCAUCCUGACCAGUCAUAGAAAAGAUAUGUGGUCACAUGACAAACAGGGCUGUAUUAAGUGUGCGCUGUGGGUUGGGAGGCGGAUGAUUGAACUUGUCUUUGUCUGGCAGCUGAAGAAUAAGACCAGUACUUGUGGCUAAUCCCAUUUUUUCUUCAAGGAAUAUAUAGGAGGUAACUGUGAUCCAAGAUGUGUGAUCAAGAGCUAGAAGUAGAAGUUAUCGAGGAGAUUCUGGAGGAAGAGGCAGAGACGCAGCAAGAGGAAGUCAUGGAGACGCUGAAAGAAAAAGAAGAAGCUGUUCCUGAAGUCGAAGAACCCCCGGUUUCAACAGCUGAAGAGCCUGCAGAAGACGCCGAGUCUCCAGCUGUGGAUGAAGAUAUGACAGAUGAAUCCAAACCUAAACCAAAGCUGUUUGCACCACCGCUGACUGUGCCAAAGAUACCUGAGGGAGAAAAAGUCGACUUUGAUGAUAUCCACAGGAAGCGUCAGGAGAAGGAUCUGACUGAGCUGCAAUCUCUGAUCGAGGCCCACUUCAUUCAGAGAAAGAAGGACGAGGAGGAGCUCAUCGCUCUCGUUAACAGGAUUGAGAAGCGUCGUGCUGAGAGAGCUGAGCAACAGAGGAUCAGAACCGAGCAUGAGAAGGAGAGGCAGAAUCGGCUUGCUGAAGAAAAGGAGAGGAAGGAACAGGAAGAGGCCCGCAGGAAGCAGGACGAGGACGCCAAGAAGAAGAAGGCUCUCACAAACAUGACUCAGCAGUACUCUGGCUUCCAGCAGAGGCAAGACGGAAAGCGGGGAGCGAAGAAGCAGACGGAGAGAGAGAAGAAAAGAAAGAUCCUGGCGGAGAGGAAGAAACCUCUCAACGUCGAGCGUCUCAACGAGGACAAACUGAAGGAGAAGGCCAAUGAGCUCUAUCAGUGGCUGUGGAUGCUGGAGGCUGAGAAGUUUGACUUCACCAAGACACUGAUGAGACAGAAAUAUGAUAUCACUCUGCUCCAGGUUCGUGUUCAGAACAACCAGAGCGCCAAAGGGAGAGGAAAGGCCAAGGGCAGAGUGAGAUAGAUGGAAACGUCGACAUAUGUUCUCAGAGAAGCCAUCUCACCAAGAGUGCCCGUGUUGGAAUUUGUUCUCAAUCUGCACUUCAGUAAUCUCAGUUUUGUGCCUUUUAGCCCUUAGCCUUUACAAACAAUAAACAGACUUGUGCUUUUAUGCCCGUUUGUGUGUUUUCAUGUUAAAUUAUCUCAGAAAUGAAGCACUCUUUUCUUUUCACUAAUCCUCACUCUUUGCACAUAUGAAUUCAAACCAAUUAACUGGCAGUAAAAUACCACUUUUUAUUUAUUUUAUUUUUUUUGGGAACCACACACAGAACCACAGUGCACCAUGAAUUUUCUUUACACAUAGGCAGCGAUAUGUAAACUUAAUUAAAUGACGUCCUGCUACGGUGCUCUGGAAAUUAUCCACACAUUUAAAUAACACAGUAAUAAAUAAAGACUGAUGGCAAUACAGUGUCAGGUUAAUGGACUUGCUUUACAGUACAGUGCAGUUAUAAUAGUGCAAAGAUUAAGAUGGAGGUUUGAUGGUUUCGGACAUGUGACAGCUACUCUUAAAUGAAAAGGCUGCGAAUUAGGAGCUGAAUAUUUUAAAUACAUUACUUUUCUUUUUUUGAGUAUAUAACUUGGAGCCAAAAUAUUAAAUGCUUUGCUGAGUUGCCAAAAAAUGGAUUCAAAAACUUUGAUUUCAGCAUCGCACAAAUGUCCAUCUCCAUACUGGUUAACCACACUUUGGCGAAAACGAAAAGUACACUGCCUUUGGCGGCACUCUCAGUUCCUCCUGGAGUCGUGGGUGGCGACAUUUUACCGUUAGCAAACAGAGGCAGUGCAUUUUCACGUGCUCCAGACAACACUACACUUUUUUAGUGAACAACACGAGUUUCGCUCCUUUCAAGUAGCUCUGUACACCGAAGCAGAGAUCAGAAUAUUUU